UGACCUAAGGGUAAAAUGAGCAGGCGUGAAGCGCCGAGGGCCAGCAGGGACGAACUCCGACGAAGUCCGGAGGGACAGAUCCCUUUUGUACCGCCACUGCGUUCGGGUGUGACUUCAGGAAAGAUCGGACCACUACAAUAUAGACGCAUGUGUUGCUUGGUGACAGGCCUCCUUAAGACCCCAAACAUGUGCUCCGUCACCAUGAGUGCCUUUCUUUGCCGUCUCACUGUGGCCCUGCUGCUGGUGGCCACGUAUGUGACAGCACACAACCAGCAGCCUAAUAUUAUCAUCAUUUUGGCUGAUGAUUUAGGCUUCAAUGAUGUUGGAUACCAUGGCUCAACUCAAAUCCCCUCUCCAAACAUUGAUGCAUUGGCUUAUUCUGGAGUUAUCCUGAAGAAUUAUUAUGUUCAGCCCAUCUGCACACCUUCCAGAAGUGCUCUGCUCACUGGGAAGCAUCCAAUACACACAGGGUUAAGUCACGAUGUUAUAUAUGGGCCUCAGCCAUAUGGGAUACCUCUUGGGGUGCAGCUUCUGCCACAGUACCUUCAAAAGCUGGGAUUUGCCACUCAUAUGGUGGGCAAGUGGCACCUGGGUAUGGCUAUUAAGGAGCUCACCCCUACACAUCGGGGAUUCACAUCACAUUUUGGGUACUGGACUGGCCAUGAAGAUUACUAUGACCACAUGUCUCAGGAAGGGCCUGGCUUUUGGGGAUAUGAUAUGAGAAGAAACAUGGAUGUUGCUUCUGAUGUAUAUGGGAAAUAUGCUACAGAUCUGUUCACAGAGGAGGCUGUGAAUGUGAUCAAGCAGCACAACAAGUCACAACCUCUUUUCCUAUACUUGGCUCACCUGGCUGUCCACUCUGGAAAUCCUUAUGCUCCAUUGCAAGCUCCUGCUGAUGUUGUGGCCAACUUUACUUACAUUAAGGAUGAAAACCGCCGAAAGUUUGCAGGAAUGAUUUGGAAACUGGAUGAGUCAGUAGGUCAAGUGGUUGAGGCACUGCGGGCUAAUCAGAUGCUUCAUAACUCUGUCAUCCUCUUCUCCACUGAUAAUGGUGGACCAGCAGCUGGCUUCAAUCAGAAUGCUGCCUCAAACUGGCCACUGAGAGGGGUCAAGGCAUCUGUGUGGGAAGGUGGAGUGCGUGGUGCUGGGCUCCUGUGGUCACCUCACAUUGUCAAUCCUGGCAGAGUAUCACAUCAGAUGAUCCACAUAACUGAUUGGCUGCCCACAUUAAUCUCUGCUGCUGGAGGAGACCCAUCCAGUCUAGAAUCUAUAGAUGGCCUAGACUUGUGGGAAACCUUGACUCAAGAUCAUCCUUCACCUCGCACUGAAUUUCUGGUGAACAUAGAUCCUAAAUUAAACAGUGCUGCUAUUCGUAUUGGAGACUGGAAGCUUCUCUACAAUCCUCAGGCUUUUGGUCAUCACUGGGAUUUUUGGUUUGGCCCAAGUGGAAGAAAUGAAACAGCACCUGAAACUCAGCUUGAUGUAAUUUUAGAGCAAGUGGAAAAUUCUUUAGCUGCCAAAGCCAUCAAGACCAUCUAUCCAGAGGCAUUCACUGACAUGAAAUCUCUGAGACUUCAGUCUGAGGUACAUUGUGAGCCUGUCCCAAAGAAUGCUACACUGUCCUGCAACUCUCAGGAGCAUCCUUGUCUCUUCCAUAUCCCAAGUGAUCCCUGUGAAUACCAUAACCUAGCCACAGCCUAUCCUUUACAUGUGAAUGUCCUAAGAGCUAAGUUGAAACUUUACAAUGCCACAGUGGUGCCUCCUCGCAAUAAGCCUUGGGACCCCAAAGCCAACCCCAAAUACUGGGGCUACUCUUGGACCAACUGGCUUGAUUACUCUCCUCCACCCACACUUCGUGCACAGAUAAAUGAACUCAGUGACAGUUUUGACUUUUAUGAUUUGUAUGGUGAUUUUAGGAAUUAGUCUUAAGUUUACAGUAUUUCUUAGUGUCUAGAAUAUCAGCCUCAGAGUGUAUCUAAUAUUCAGAUUUCAUGGUGACUGGUGAAUUGUGUACAAAGUCUACAGUUUUUGCCUAAAGUAUUCCUUGACGGGGAAACAAAACUAUAUAUUCAAUUUUUUUUUUCCAUUUAUGUAAAGUAUAAUUUUAUAGCAAUCAGCAAAAGCCAGAAUGGUGUCCAUUUUGCUAGGCCUUCCCUGUGAUAUUGUAUUUUGCCAGACCUUAAUAGUAUUUUGAUUUAUAAGAAA